GUCUCAAAGUUUGCUACAGAAGUUGCCUCGUUGGUCUUCUCAAGAGAAAAGAGUGGUUUCAGAAGGAUAUCCAUAUCAGCACUGUUAAGACUCACACAGCUUUGAAGCAACAACAUGCCAACUGCCCUCAGAGCCUUAGCUUCCUAUCCUCUGUGCCCUAUUGCUUCGUUUGACUUGGGUCCUCAAACAUCGGAUAAGUUAUUGUUUCCUUGCAAUUUAAGCCACAGCCUUUUUAAAGGAAGCAGAAUUCAUAAUGCAUAUAGACUCAAGGCUGGCUUUUGGGAAUCGAUUAAAUCUGGUAUCUUAAGCAACAACACAACACAAGUAGUGGAGCCACCACCCACAGUUCCAGAAGAGGAAGAACCCCUUCCUGAAGAGUUGGUUCUCAUCGAAAAGACUGAACCAGACGGAACAGUUGAAGAAAUAAUAUUUUCGUCUAGUGGAGAUGUUGAUGUGUAUGAUCUUCAAGCCCUAUGUGAUAAGGUAGGCUGGCCUCGCAGGCCACUUUCAAAAUUGGCUGCAGCUUUGAAAAAUAGCUACAUGGUAGCCACAUUACAUUCAGUUCGGAAAGCGACUGGAUCAGACGGGAAUGACCAGAAGAAGCUUAUUGGAUUGGCCCGAGCUACAUCUGACCAUGCAUUUAAUGCCACAAUUUGGGAUGUCCUAGUUGAUCCUAGCUAUCAGGGUCAAGGCCUUGGAAAGGCCCUUGUAGAAAAGAUUAUAAGGGCUCUUCUGCAGAGGGAGAUUGGCAAUAUUUCACUUUUUGCAGAUAGUCAAGUCAUAGACUUCUAUCAGAAUUUGGGUUUUGAAGCUGACCCGGAGGGCAUCAAAGGCAUGUUUUGGUACCCAAAGUUUUAGCUGCCACCUAUUGAAGCUCAAGUGCGUUUGUAGUUUGUACUACUGACUUGGCGCUGCAAGUCAGUUCAGAUGAAGUAAGAAUACCUAUCUGCAUAAUGGUAAAUUAUUGUAAGACAAGUUACUGUAAUACUUAUGAGGUUAAAAGGGAAGCUUCUUUUG